AUGUCGUCUAUAUUGAGGAAGUUGCCUUCCAAGGAAAGGCUCCUCCAAGUGAAGAAGCUUAGUGCUGAAAUUUUUGGGGCAAACUGGAACCCAGAAGGCAAAAGAAAUGGAUCCAAGAUAUUGAGAGCCCCAUUGAAGGGACCAGAAUUGAAGAACUACUACGGUGACAACAAUGCGACUCCGACAUUCAAAGAUUUCAAAGCAUGGUUCCCGGAAUUGCGUUUAGUAGAUCCAAAGGAAGUAUACCGUUUGAAGAUGGUGGACGAUAGAAAGAAGAGAAACAAGGGUGCUCCAAAGAAGAAGAAGCAAUAG